AGACGAGUCAAUUGGUGGUUAGCGGUGGAGGUGGCCUACACAAUGCCCCCCCCAUGUUCAUGACAGUUUUGUGCUGCGAAUAGCAGGUCAACCUCGAGAAGUUACUCCUUGUUUGUAGAGUAAUCUUUCUGACAGUGCAGCAGAGAGGCUCGUUCUCUAGUGAUAGAUGCUGUAGUUGAAACCGUUCACAAUCGUCUUCCAACAGCUUGUACAGAUACAGUCUUCGCACAGUAAAGAUGGUUAUCGAUUCACGAAGACAGGAGGAAGGUGGUUCGUACACCUGUGCAUGUUACCAAUACACAGGGCUCUGUCAGUCUGCACAUAUUGUCGAUUGCACACAGAGGAUUAACAAAAGGCAGUUUGUCCUCAAGGAAAGCUGCUGGAGUGUACAAGAUCUCGUCGUCUCGCGUAGCAACCUGAAGUUGGGUACCGAUGGGCGGCACUAUUCUGUUUCACGAAACACGCAAGUGAGGAUCAAUAGAAGUUUUUGUACAGCGAUGACACUCAAGUACAGAAGUUGGAGUGUCAUAGAGAUAGCACGUGCAUGUGCCACCAAAAGGAAAUUGAGUGCACGGAGAUGGAGGAAACAGGAGGAUUGUCAGAGUGAUUGUUUUGUCCCAAUAUAAAUAUGAUGCAAGUACUGACAUUUUCUUCUUUAUUUUUCUUCGAUCUCCUCUCACUACUUUUGAUCGAAGAAAGACCAGCGUAGGACCUUCGUUUUUGAGGGAGCAAGCGGCCGCAAAGUUGCGAUUUAGCUUGGACGUGUUCAGCACGUUACAAAUCUGAUGUUGGAAGUUGUUGUUGUGGUUCCCCACUGACUGUCAGUCUAAAACGUGGUGAUAGCGAGCACUGUUCCCCUACUUGGUGAAUAAUCCAUCUCCUUCCAGCAGAGACUUAAUUGAACGGUGAGGUCAAUCAGUUGCGCAACGUAAGUUUAUCUAGAAAUGAUAUUCAUUUGCUUCAAAGCAAGAAAGCAAUCGCAUCGAACUCUUUAUCAGCAGCUUCAUUCUGCUACGGCAUAGUGAGCCUACCUAGAAAUCUUCUUGUCGUAGUUGUCAUGCAUCGCGUUUCAGUGGUUGAAUGGAAGGGAAAUGGGCACAGAGGCAUAGUAAGUUACGGCACGGUGACUUCCUUUUCAAAACAUUACAAGCACGAAGCGACUGCGAUGUCGCACUCAUUCUGGAAGAAGCGACGCUCUAUUUGGCUGUCUAUUUGCAUCUUAUUUACCGUCUUCGUCCUCUGUGUCUCUGUCCUUCCCGCUCCUAUGGAUGUUUCGGAAAAUUUAGAAACUGGACCUCUGGAGUUGCUAAGAAAGGGAUUGCCGAUUGAGAAGAAAAGUUAUGUGUUACAUGAGAGAAUGGAUGGAUUGGAGAAGAGCAGGAAAGAGUGGCAGCUCAAACCUGAUCAUUUCACCUUUUAUAAUACUUUGAGAAAUGUCCCUACCCCGUUCAAUCCUUUGAACCUCACCAACGGAAUUCGAGUUUAUGUCUACGACUUGCCGCAAAAGUUCAACAAGGAUUGGCUGGUUGAUGAACGCUGUUCCAAUCAUUUGUUUGCUUCUGAAGUUGCCAUUCACAAAAUUCUUCUGAGCAGCCCUAUCAAAACCUUGAAUCCUUACGAGGCCGAUUUUUUCUUCAUGCCUGUAUAUUUCUCGUGUAAGUUUAGUUCGAAGACGGGCUUCCCUCGGCUCGGGCAUGCGCCGAAACUCAUGGAAGAUGCUGUAAAUCAUGUGUCUUCUAUGAUGGAGUUCUGGAAUCGCAGCGGUGGGAAGGAUCAUGUUUUCGUCGCUGCACAUGACUUCGGUGCUUGCUUCCAUUCUCUAGAGUCGGAGGCAAUUGCACACGGAAUACCAGAGAUCGUGCAAAGCUCCUUGAUCCUGCAAACCUUUGGAGUGCACGGCUUUCAUCCUUGUCAAGCAGCAGAGAAUAUUCAGAUUCCUCCAUAUAUUUCGCCCUCAACAGUAUUUUCGUAUGUCAAAAAGCCCCCAGAGGAGCAAAGAAGGAACAUAUUUGCAUUUUUCAGAGGGAAAAUGGAGAUUAACCCCAAGAACGUCAGUGGCCUGGUUUACAGCAGAGGCGUGAGGACAUAUAUUUACAAGAAGUUCUCGCGGAACAGACGUUUUUUCUUAAAGCGACAUCGAGCAGACAAUUACCAACUGGACCUGCUUCGAUCAACAUUUUGCUUGUGUCCCUUGGGGUGGGCACCGUGGAGUCCUCGAAUUGUUGAAGCUGUCGCGUAUGGCUGCGUUCCUGUGAUCAUAGCAGACAACAUCCGUCUGCCAUAUUCACACGCCAUUGACUGGAGUAACAUGUCGUUAAACAUUCGUGAGCAUGAUGUACAUAAACUUUACAAAAUUCUUCUCAACGUGGCGGCAAAAAAUUUAUCCAGCAUACAGAAGAACCUCUGGAAGGAAGAGAACCGGCGUGUGUUGCUUUUCAUGGAACCACUAGCGAAAGGUGAUGCUACAUGGCACAUGUUGGAUCGCUUGUCGACGAAAGUUGACCGAUCUUUUGUCAAGCACGAAAACUUCUGACCAAGAUGUUAAGAAUACGUUAUCGAAUCGGACACAAGCUACCUGUUGAGUGAAAGAUUAAAGAGAGAUCGACCUUUUUGAAAUUUAAAAGGGCUGUGUUGUAUUCUACACUCUUACAGCCCUGUUCGUCAUGACUCACGAGGUCCAAGACGUGGAUAUAAUCUGACUUUAUCACGUCGUUACAACCACUUUGACAAGUUGAAAGCAGUGCUGAGAAAAAUGACCCGAUAAUGCUUGCUGAAAAGGACCAAGCGAGUGCGAGACCAGGAUGCGAAACAAGGAAGUGCGAAGAGAAAUGGCGAUUCUUCGGCAACGAUCUGAGCCAGCAACCAGAGAUGCAUGCUCCCAAGCACAAGAAAACCUUCUUCCAAUGCAUCCUUAAAUUUUGAAAUGAUCUAUUCCCGAAAAUGCCACAGCUUUCACGCCAAUUGAACUAAAACCCGAAAUUUCAGUUGACGUAGUAUCAAAAAUAUAUUAAAUAUUUCUGCAAGUGACAUGCACAAGAUUUCUAACGAAAAUUUAUUUAGAAAAUAGAUUUUUUUACUUAGAUCACCUAUUUACUCCAUGUAUAGUAACAUUAAUAAACAAUAUGUAUUUUUUGGGACUCAAAUUGUAAUUCAUUAGAAUAGAAGUU